AUGGCGGACGCUAUUGGAAUCGCCGGUUUGGCGAUCGCCGUUUUUGACCAGCUUCUAAAGCUUGGGGAAAGAACUGCGCAGACUAUCCAGGACAUCCGCACAUUCGCUGAGGACUUGAGGCACGUUUCAGAGACGAUCAGACGAGAACAUGGAAUUACUAAGGCUUUGAAGUAUUUGUUAUUUGAGAAGUCUCCAAAAUACGGAGGACAAAUGCUGUUUGAACAGUAUGGAGAAGAGGUCCAAAGGACCAUAUUAAGCGUGGUAGAAGAACUCCUUGACACCCUGGAAAGCGCUGCAAAACUACUCGAUCGCCAUUGUGGCUCUGAUCAAUCAUGGUUCUCAAGAGAAAACCGAUUCAGGACUUCCCGCUCAAACAGCCCUUCCCCUUCCACAUCGACUGUGGAUAUAUCAUCCCAGCCCGGGACACAAAUAGCUGAGAGGAGUUCUAGCACUGUGUCCUUGGGCAGGAAGUUGAUAUGGUCUUUGUAUGACAAAAGAAGCGCUAAAGACAUCAUAGACCGUUAUGCAGAUCGGAAUAAUAACUUGUACCGGAUAGUGCAGCUUAACAGCUUUGCAUCUGGAAUCGGAGUUAACUUGCAACACCUAGAGAACAUGCAGCAUAAUCAAGCUGCAAAACAGCUAGGAUUUGACGAAACAGCCGGCCUACAGCUAUUAGCUCAAGCGGCUACUGUCGGCAUGGCAGACGACUUCGAGAUUAGCGACGAUUUUACUUUCGGGUGCAAAGAUGUAACACGGAUAGAAGACAGAUUUGUCACCUUCAACAAAAGUCGCACAUCGUACCUGCAGGAUACUUGUGAGUACAAGGUGAACAGCAGUGAAAUAGAUCAUCAAACAAGAUCACGGUUGAAUGGGCUGGUUGCACUCUUACAACAACCCAAAGGCCAAGUCUUUCGAAUUCCGAAAUGCAUCGGAUGGAGAUUUCUGCCAUCAACCCGAGAAAUAGCCUUCAUCUUUGAAUCACCAGGUGCUCCGAGAACCCAGCCUCAGAGCUUACUGCACCUCUUUGAUGAUCCCGGUAUCAAGCCGUCACUACAAGACAAGUUUAACCUGGUACACAAUCUUGCUACGAGCAUAUCGCAACUUCAGAUGGUCCAAUGGGUUCAUGAAAGUUUUAGGAGCGAGAAUAUCCUUUUUUUUCUUCCCCCUCCACUACAAGAUGACCCAAGAAAUGGCAGAAGCAACGUCGCAAUUUCGCUAGACAGUCCGUGGAUUCUGGGAUUCGAUUUCAGUCGGCCAGAGAGCUUCUUCUCACAUGGCUUUCCUGACACGAAUCCUGACAGGGACAUCUAUCGGCAUCCAGAAAGGCAAGGUCGGCCAACAAUGACGUUCAGCAAGUGGCAUGAUAUAUACUCUUUGGGCGUUGUUCUACUGGAAAUAGGUCUUUGGGAGCCAGCCAUUCAACAGCAGCAUCCCCGUGAUCUUUUCAGCGUGAUGAGGAACCCCGAGAACAUCAGAGAGAGACUCACGAAGGUAGCUCGGAGACGACUACCAGCAAAAGUCGGCGGUAAAUAUACCGAGUUGGUUGUGGCUUGCUUGACGGGUGACUUUGGGGUUGAGGAUGACACUAAGGAGGAUAUACACCUUCAACAAGCAUUUAGAGCUCAGGUUAUCUCCGUUUUAGCCCAGAUAGUGAAGAGUAUCUAG